GAUAAUUAGUAAAUAUAUAUAGCAUAGAGGAGAGCGGCAACUUGACACUUGAGCUACUCGAAGGCAGGGCCGUGUGCAGAGCUCCUUCCCCACUAUCCUUCCUUUGCGUACCAUACUUAUCUUGCUAACAGCCUAUAGAAGAUGAGCUACGGGGGCACGGAGGAGGAUGACCUUUAUGGAGGAUAUGAUGAGCAAUCGAACCCGCUUGCGGGCUCGGGUGGUGCCGCAUUUAAGGCACUUGGGGCCGAUGGAGCUCCUCCAGGCACCGCCAUGAUGGGGCCGCCUGGCACGGCCAUGAAGAGCUUCGUGCCAGGCACGGCUAUGCGGGGCGGCACGGCGAUGCAGCAGGACCCCAGCCUGGCGCGGCCUAUGACCUCGAACCGGGGUGCUGGCUUCACGUCGGCGCCUAACAAGAAGUUUGACCCCCUCAAUCGCUCAAUGGGGUCGACACUGGGCUCGUCGGGGGGUGGCGCAAUGCUGGUGGCUCGCAAGGGUGACACCAGCCCGGAGGAGCAGGCGCGCGGGAUGGAGAAGACGGUGCAUGAGCUGCUUGAGAAGAGCGCGGCGGACGCGGCUAAGAAUGACAUCAACUCGGCCCUGGAGAACGCCAUGGAGGCGAAGAAGAAUGAGCGAAAGCUGUGCCGCUUCCGGGAACAGAACAACAUGGCGGACCAGAUCAACCUGGAGCUGAUGUACGCCGUGGACUUCAACCUGGCACACAUGUACCACAUGAACAAGAACUACAGCGAGGCGCUGAACCUGUACACAGCCAUCGUGCGCAACAAGAACUUCCCGCAGUCGGGUUGGCUGCGCGUCAACAUGGGCAACAUCCACUUCGAGCAGAAGAAGUACCCCUCCGCCAUCAAGAUGUACCGCAUGGCGUUGGACCAGAUCAGCGCCACCGCCAAGGAGGUCCGCUUCAAGAUCAUGCGCAACAUCGGGCUGUCGUUCGUGCGCAUGGGCCAGUACCCCGACGCGCUGCAGUCCUUCGCCACGGUCAUGGACAACGUGCCCGACCACCAGACCGGCUACAACCUGGUCAUGUGCAACUACGCGCUGAGCGACCGCGAGGGCAUGAAGAACGCCUUCAUCAAGCUGCUCAAGGUGAGCCCACCCAGCGAGAUGGAUGACGAUGACGACGACGACCCCAUGGGCGAUGACGACAUGCAAGUGAUGACCAUGGAUGACGGGCUGAAGGACGAGAUGCGCAAGCGCAACACCAUCAUCACGCGCCUCAUUGUCAAGGCCGCGCAGCUCAUCUCCGAGAAGGUGGAUCGCGCCAACGGCUUUGAGGGCGGCUUCAUGUGGUGCUGCGAGCAGCUGCGCGACGCGGGCUACACCAAGCUGGCCAACGAGGUGGAGCUGGCCAAGGCGACCCGGUUCAUGGGGCAAAAGCAGUUUGACAAAGCCGUGGGCGUGUUCAAGGACUUUGAGAAGAAGGAGCCGCGCGUCAAGGCGCGCGCCGCCACCAACCUGGCGUUCCUGUACUUCCUGGAGGGCGAGACCGACCAGGCCGACAAGUACAGCGAGAUGGCGCUCAAGAGCGACCGCUACAACGCACGAGCCUACGUCAACAAGGGAUGCGUGCUGGUGGAGCGCGGCGAUCUGGAGGGAGCGCGAAGCCUGUUCAACGAGGCUGCCGGCAUCGACCCCUACUGCGUGGAGGCCAUCUACAACCUGGGCCUGGUGAGCCAGCGCCUGAACGAGCUGCCGUACGCGCUGGCGGCGUUCAAGAAGCUGCACAACAUGGUGCCCGACAACGUGGAGGUCAUCCACCAGAUCGCCACCACGUACGACAUGAUGGGCGACUUCAAGAACGCGGUCAAGUGGUUUGAGCUGCUCACCUCGCUGGUCAGCAACGACCCCGGCGUGCUGGCGCGACUGGGAGCCAUCCACGCCAGGUUCGACGACGAGGCCAAGGCGCUGCACUACUACCAGGAGUCGCACCGCGUGUACCCGGUGAACAUGGACGUCAUCUCCUGGCUGGGCGCCUACCAUGUCAAAUCGGAGGUGUACGAGAAGGCCAUGCCCUUCUUUGACCUGGCCUCCAAGAUCCAGCCGCAGGAGGUCAAGUGGGCGCUCAUGGUGGCGUCCUGCUACCGCCGCACCAACAACCUGCCCGCCGCGCUGGGCAAGUACAAGCAAAUCCACACGCAGCACCCCGACAACGUUGAGUGCCUGCGCUACCUGGUGCACCUGUGCUCCGAGCUGGGCCGCCGCGCCGAGGCCGCCGAGUACAUGACCAAGCUCAAAAAGGCGGAGAAGGCGGCGGUGCCCGAGGCAACGACAGCGGCGGCGCCCGCCGCGGCCGCAGCUGGCAGUGGCAUGGGUGGCAUGGGCGGCCUGGACGACGACAUUGGCAGCAGCGCGGUGUCGGCGCAGAACCGCGGCAAGAAGAUGCUGGUCAAAGAGCACAUGGGUGGCGGCGGUGGCAAGGACAACGACGACUGGGGAAACGAGCAGCUUGGGGACGACCUGCUGCCCAUGUAAACCGCAGUGCUGCCACAGGGCUUGGCGGGGGCGGGGCGUCAGCGCAGCCAGUGGGGCUACCGCCGCGGCCUGGCGGAGGUGGCGGCGGCGCAGCUGGCGGAGCCAUGCGCGCCCAGGGCCAGGGGCUGUGGGGAGGUGAUGGCGAGGGCGAGGACGACGACCACCUAAAAGCGCUGGGGCUGGGGGUGGGGUUGGUGGGCGGCCGCAGCGGGGGCGCGCUGUCUGCCGGCACGGGGCGCGUGAAGGCCGAUGUCAGCCGCGCCGCCUCUCACCCGGAGUUCGGGGCCGAGCCUGCGUUUGGAAAGGUGCUGAGCUUUGGCUCGGCUGGGACGUCCAGCGCACUGCCUGAGCUGGCGUAAAGCCAUUACCGCUGAUGCAGCCCGCCAUUCGUGUGUGUGCGUAUAUGUGUGUGAAUGUAUGUGUGUGCUAGGUAAGCACGAGAUGCGUGUGCGUUUGCUGGUUCGCGCUGCGCCACUUUUGGCUGCAGGGGUCCCCAGGUCAGUGUGAAGCCCGGCCCGGGCGGAAAUGGGUGCAUGGCAGUUGCGGCGCAUGCAUGCGGAAGUGAGCGAAGUGCAAUAGGCUCCUGCAGGGCAUGGAUGCGUAGGAACAGGGCUUGAAUGAUAUCACUAUGUGGCGUUGACGGGCCCACAACUUACAUGGGAGAGGCACGCCGAAAGGGUGUGUGAGGAUCAGGAGCUUGGACUUGCCGUAGUGCUGUACAUGGUGCCAGUCUACGUGCGGGCAUAGACACAUACAGGACCUGUGCUGCUGCGGAGUCCGCAUCUGCAGGAAGUCGUGCCGGGUGUCACGAGUGCGGACGAUGCGGAUUGUGGAGGAGUACAGAUGGGGCCAUCGGACAUACUGGCACAGUGGCACCACCGGCCCCCUGCGACGCAUGCUCGCACGACCCUGUAAAGGUCGAGACCA